AUGUUUUUUGUUUUAUGGUUAUUAACCUUAGUAAAGUCGAUUUAUGUGCCUGAAAAUGGAGAUGAUUGGACUCUUUUGAAGCCAGAAACUGUUGGUGAUGUUCAAACUUUACCUUUUAGAUUUGGUUUGGUGGUUUCGAUGAAAGAUUCAAUUGAAAAACUUCAAGUUGAAGAAAAUGAACCUUUUGAGUCAACCUCAGUUAAGACAGUAGCUUGUGGCGAUGAGUCUACAUUACUGAUGUCUUUAAAUGGUGGAAUAUUAAGGGAUUCUAACAAUAGGAUUGGAACUAUUGUUUCCAAUAGACAAUUUCAGUUUGAUGGUCCGACACCUCAAUAUGGUGCUAUUUAUGCUAAUGGAUGGUCUGUUGACCACGAUGGAGAUUUGAAUCUCGGGAAUUCUUCAACAUUCUUCCAAUGUUCCUCUGGAGAUUUCUAUAAUCUUUAUGAUUCAAAGAUCGAUAUCAAUUGUAAUGAAGUGAAUUUGAAAGUCGUAGGAUUAAUCGAUUGUUAA